GAAAAGGGGCGGGGAAGACCAAAGGUGCUCGCUGUUGACCGCCUAUAUAAGCUGGCAGGAGGCUGAACUAGACAACCACAACCACUCAUCCAAGCUGAGGAAUUGAAGUCUCUCACUGAAGUCCUAUAGUAACAUCACAAUGCGUGCCUCCGUCCUGAUCGUCGCCAUCGUCCUGGUGUGCAGCGUUGCUGCCAUUCCCGAGCCAGGCAGGCCCUACGGAGGAGGAUUUGGCGGAGGGCGUCCAGUUGGAGGUGUGAGACCAGGUCUUGGUGGUUUCGGAGGAGUAGGGGGAGGACUGGGAGGAGGAUUUGGAGGAGUGCACGGUGGUGUUGGAGGACUAGGAGGUGGACUAGGAGGAGGUCUAGGUGGAGGGCUUGGAGGAGUUCAUGGAGGCGUAGGAGUUGGAGGCGUCCAUGGUGGAGUCAGGCCAGGAGGCUAUGGCAAAUAAUGACCUAUGACAAACACAUGAAUAAUUCUGGAGGCCAGUAUUUUGUAUUUGCUCUUUACUAACUAUAAUCAUGACUUCAAGAAUUUCCACAAGAUUGACUUAGAUGCUAAGUAUCAAGUGGUAAUCAGAUAAACAGCAAAACUGAAAAGAUCUCAAAGAGCUCCACUUCCACAAACACAUAAAAAUUCUAGAUUCUCAUCUGGAUCCACCUCAAAGCCUACCUGAUUCGUUAUUCGUCCCACAUCUUCCCUCCCUUAACGUUUCGUUGACACCCAGAAAUAAAGUUUUUCAUAUCUUGUCAAACCGACAAACUGUCAGACAUUUCAGCAAACAAGCAAACAUGUCUCCGCCCAUAAGCACACUGUUUUUGUUAUUGUUUUUUAAUUGUUAAAACACACGAAUUUUGUGAAUUAUGUGAUAUGAAAUCUAUAGAAUAAAUAAUUUGAUUUGAUAA